AUGUCUUGGAGCAAUCGAGUCUACCGAAGAAUGAUGCGCACGAGCCAUUUGACUGUAACAAUUCCUGAUGAUUUCUGGAAUUUUGAACGCACCUAUCCGGCAGUUAACACUACUUACGAGGAAAGAGUUGAUUACCUUCUCCACCAAAUCAACGAUUCCGUGUCAUACAGAGAAGACAUUGACGAGUAUUAUAUACAGCAAUGUCCGCUUUGCGAAAAAUACAACAUCGAAUUGAGAAUAAUUGAGACUUAUGCUCGUAAUGAGCUGGAGCAUCUUCGUCACUACAGAGAAGGAGAAUUCUGGAAAUAUAUUUAUGUUGUCAGCAUGAGCAUUGACAUAUUAUUAACAAAGAUGAACAAAAUUGCUGAUUAUAUCGACGAGAUUGACUCCAAACGAUAUGCUCGAUCAAGAAUUCAAAUCUAA